AAGGGAAGUCACUCUUGAACAAGAAGGAUAAAAAUGUCGCGAGCUUCGGCAAAAGUGGAAAACGAUCCUUGGUUACCUCUUCCAGAGUCUUCUGCAGCAAUCACAGCACCGCCAGUUGAUCCCUUACGCCAGCUUAUUGAUUCUGAACGCUACAUCGAGUCAUUAGAGAAAAAACUCAUUCGUAUCAAGGGAAAAUGUUAUAAAGCUCCUUCAUCAGCAGACAUAAUCAACUCUCUAGCACUUUUUCGUGAUGAUCAGAUGAGGAGAUUUAUGGCCAAAGAGUCGGAUGUGUCACUUUCAUCUACAAUAACUCCUCAAGACACAUCAUCAUCUUACAUUCAGCGCCGGCUUCAUCCAGAGCGACAGGCAAUAAAUGUUGAUGAGCUUUUUGAAUUAUUGAAAGAUGAUGAACUUGCAAGGCUUAAAGAUGAACAAAAUGCAGACAAGGAAGUGCUUCAAGAUGGAGAUACUCAUGACAUGCAAUAGAGUAUCAGAAUGCCAAAAACAGCUUUCCAGUGUGUUUAUACAAGGCACUCAUAUUCAGUAAAAAUAAGUGCAAUGUCAGGAUGAUAAUGCAAAAUAAAAUAUAUAUAAUCAUUUAUUACUCUGAUUUAUUAUGAAGUACUUGAUAUUGUGUACAAUAUGAAAAAUAUGGACUCAAGCAGAGAGAGAGUGUAUAUGUGUGACCAGGUGGAUGAUAGGUUCUGCUCCAGUGUCAAAAGGAAAUGAUGGUGAAAGAAAUAAGGUCAUCAAAUGAUACAAAUGCAAUUGGCAUCAAUAGCUUUAUGCUUUGAGGUCACAACAUUUCCAGUUAGUUAUUUGGUUGUAAAGUUAUAUAAGUCACAGUUGUUUAGUCCUUGUUACUCCUCGAGGAGCUUAGGACCUAUAUACAUCAUAAUUUUUGUGUAAUAGUAUUCAGUCUGUUAGUAACUGUAUAUUACUAAUAAUAAUAAUGGGAACUUAUAAUGUGCAGUAUCACAACCAAGAUAGAUCGUACUCUACUAUUAUUAUGUAAUACUUCAUGUAUACAGCUGUUUUCAUGUGUAUCCUGACUUUUGAAGUUUUAUUUACAACUGAAUAGUAUAUCAUAAAAUAGUUUCAGAGCUUUUGUAAUUCCUGACUCAGUAAGUAUCAACUUAAUUUUUAGAUUAACUAAUUUAUUUAGUAGAUUAAAUUUUGUACAUUGGUCUACACCAUACUGACACAUACAGUCAUAGGAAGAAUUUACUUUAUUUAAUUUGAAGUAAAGUUUAAAAAAAAGUACAGUAAUUUAUAAUGCCAUGAAUGUUGUGGCAGAGUAUAAUAAAUUGUAAGAUACUUUAAAA